GUCAUUCAGUAAUCUCCGCAGCCAAAUCACAUUUCCCGGCGGAAUAGAUAAUUUUUAGAUUACAAUCGAAUAGUAUAUUAUCCUCAUUUUAGUAAACAGUUUGUUUUAAUUACAAAACCAGAAAUGUUUGUGCGUCGAGCCUUUCAAGUUGUCAACUACCGAUUUCACGCUCUACGAACCUAUUGUAGCGAACCAAGCCGGAUUGAAAAAACCGUAAACACAGUCUCCUUACUAGGGCGCAUAGGCGCAGAUCCACAGAAACGAGGUAACGAUGCCCACCCUGUGGUCACAUUUUCUCUGGCCACACAUUCCAACUACCGCUACGAAUCUGGUGACUGGAUGCAGAAAACAGAUUGGCACAGAGUAGUGGUAUUCAAACCGGCGCUGCGUGAUUCGGUGAUGAACUAUCUGCGUAAAGGUCAGAGAGCUAUGGUCACAGGUAAAAUCAGUUACGGAGAGAUAACAGAUCAAGAAGGAAAACAGCGAUCAACCACUAGCAUAAUUGCCGACGAAGUUAUCUUCUUACAAAACCAAAACUAGUCGGGCUAAUGUUUUCGAUUAAUAAUUAAAUUAACUCUAUAUAUAAAGCCAUAUUCUCUGGAAAGAUACAAUGUUACAAGAACACGAAUAAAUUGGGUUUUGAUUAUGAUUGUAUA